GCUCAGAAUCCAUAUAUUUUCGUUCUUCUCAUCUUUCUCGCAAUCAAAGCUCAGCUCUCUACAAACCUUAAUUACUUGAAAAGGAACUGUUCCAUAGGCUUGUAACUCUGUGUUCUUGAGUGCUAAAAACUCAUCAGCUCUUUCUAGUUUCGACAUAAUUUGUGUCAUCUUUUCAAAACUUCCAUCCGCAGCACAAAUUAGCAAUCAAAGUUAAAACAACCAUGAAAGAUCACCAGUCAAGGUUCCUACAGCCAUCUACCCUGAUGCGGGGUCACCUUACAAGUUCUGAGUCCUUCUCAAAACGGGUUAGAAAUGUGAGAAAUGGCCAAGGACAUGAUUUGAGUCGGAUGAGUAAUGUCAGAAUUGCCAUGAUAAAGGGUUGGGAUGGUGGUUUGGCCUCACCACGGCGUGGCUUUCGAGGGGAGGGAGAGGCGUCAACGCCCAGGCUUGAGCGAUUCAAGGUUCGGACAGUGCAGGUCGGACAGGUUGUUAAGGAGGAGGAAAGCAAGUGAUUUGAUCAAAAGGAAGAUCAUCCAUGUACAUUAAUGUACAGCAUCCGUCACCCACCCGGCCACCCCCACUAAUUUUUUUUUUUUGUCGAGAUAGAUAUUGUAUAACAAGUACUCACAUAUACUUUUUUACCAAGGAACCAUUGGAGUGGACCUAAGGUGUCCAAUCUCAUUUAAUGUUCGGUUUUAUGCAGUUUAAUAUUAUUUCGAUUGCAUAAUGCUUUUUUCUUUUACAAAUAUUGACAGUUUGUAAUUUGAGAGAAAAGAAAUGUAAUUUAAUGAAUUAGUAAUUUGUUG